UCACACUUGGCGGUGGUGUUUUCAUUGCAUGAGGUCGAGUCGAUAUGGCCUCACACUUCAGCGGCGUCCUGCAGUUAACAGACUUGGACGAUUUUAUCACUCCGUCACAGGAAUGUGUGAAGCCAGUGAAAGUGGACAAGAAGCAGGGGAAAUCUGUGGCCAAAAUCCAAAUUGAAGAUGAUGGCAGUUAUUUUCAGGUCAAUCAGGAUGGCCAAAGGCAGAAGCUGGAGAAAGCCAAGAUUACUCUGAAUGACUGUCUGGCGUGCAGUGGUUGCAUCACCUCUGCUGAGAGCGUCCUAAUCACCCAACAGAGCCAUGAGGAGCUGUAUAGAGUACUGCGCCUCAAUAAGCAGAGCAGCAGUGGGGAACAGAAGGUUGUGGUGGUGUCAGUAUCUCCUCAGUCCCGAGCCUCCCUAGCUGCACGCUACAGCCUCAGUAGCAGUGAGACGGCCAGGAGGCUCACUGCCUUCUUCAAGAACCUAGGUGUUCAUUAUGUGUUUGACACUGGCUUCAGUCGCACCUUCAGUUUAUUGGAGAGCCAGCGAGAGUUUCUGAAGAGAUUUGCUCGAAAAGAGGAAGACAAGAAAGCCUUGCCCAUGCUGGCAUCUGCCUGCCCUGGUUGGAUCUGCUAUGCUGAAAAGACUCACGGUGACUUCAUCCUGCCUUACAUCAGCACAACCCGCUCACCACAGCAGAUCAUGGGCUCUCUGGUCAAGAGCUUCUUUACCAAGCAGCAGGGUCUUGACCCGCAGAAGAUAUAUCAUGUGACUGUGAUGCCUUGCUAUGACAAGAAACUUGAAGCAUCCAGACCAGAUUUCUACAUUAACGAAUUUGAGACCAGAGAAGUAGAUUGUGUCAUUACCUCAGGAGAAGUGCUCAGGAUGUUGGAAGAGGAAGGCGUGUCCCUGAGUGAUAUAGAACCAGCACCUUUAGACACAAUGCUCAGCAAUGUGUGUGGGGAGGAGUUGCUCUGUCAUGCUGGGAGCGGUUCAGGGGGUUAUCUUCAUCAUGUCUACACACAUGCUGCCAAACAGCUCUUUGGAGUUGAAGUGGAAGAACUCACAUACAAGACACUCAAGAACAAGGAUUUCCAGGAAGUCACCCUAGAGAAAGAUGGUAUAAUUCUUUUGCGUUUUGCAGCCACUUACGGCUUCCGGAACAUUCAGAACCUCGUACAGAAAUUGAAGAGAGGAAAGUCACCAUACCACUUUGUAGAAGUUAUGGCAUGUCCAUCCGGUUGCCUUAAUGGAGGAGGGCAGCUAAAGCCUGUAGCAGAUCAGUCCAACAAGGAGCUGCUGCAGCAGGUGGAGGAACUGUACAAGGCGGAGCAUCUGUCUGCACCUGAGCAGGACACACGUGUGGCUGAACUUUACCAGACCUGGCUAGAAAGUGUAGGAGAGGAAACAGCACGACAGCUGCUUCACACACAGUACCAUGCGGUGGAGAAGAGCACCAACGGACUCACCAUCAAGUGGUGAAAGGAGCAGAAAGUCCACUGUCGCAUGAAUUUUGGUCAGACAUAUUAUAUUACGUGGAGCAUGGACAUGGAAACUUCAAAGUCAGUUACACUGCUUGAGCGUUCGGCUGAUGUUCCCUAAUCAUUCACCACAAUUCAGCCCUGAAUAUGAGCCAGAGUUGUACAGCUUAUGGCAGAAUAUGAAUUAUUCAUUAUUUGGGUGUAGAAGCUAUUAUUUCAUGACCUGCACGGUGCACUGUGUAGGGAGCUAUUUAAUUCAGCCUCUCCAAAAUCUCCAAACUUGAAUGCUUCUGUAGCAGAAAGAUACUGACGCUUGAUGUUUUUAAAAAUGUUCUCUUUUUCAUCUUAUGGAACUGUCACCAGUCCAAAGAGCUGUUUGAUUCCAAAAAAUCAGAUUCCAAUUUCAAAUUAUUGGGUCCAUUCCAAAAAACUUUCUUGAUUGUCAAAUCAAAAAAUCAUGACAACAGGAGGGAGAUUCAACAAUAUAAAAGCAGUGUUGUAGUUUAUAAUAUGCCACAAUAAUUUAUUGAUACAGCAACAAUGUGCUUCCACCUCAGUUGUUCAUCAGUAUGAUUAUAUGACCCAUUAGAUCUUAGCAGGGCAAUUUGAAGAGCUUUUGCUAAGUUAACUGUUGGCUGAUUAACUGGGGAUAGCUAAACUGUAAUGCUUACUGGUUCUCAUUUAUCAGCUCCUUCAGGUGUGGAGAUGUUAUGUUACAAAUUUCACAUUUUGUAAAACAUCCAGACUUUUGAUGUGGGUGUUGGGAAAGACUGCAUUUUUCAGACGUUCUUUUGCCCAAUCUCAAUCUCUGGACUCUGGCCUCACUGGUCUCACAGACCUUUAGACAAAUGUUUGGUGAUGUUCAAAGCAUUGCUCAACGCCAUCGCAUUAGUCUCAGUCCAGCUUACAGAGGGUGUAGGAAAGGGUUACCCCAGCUAAACAAAGACAGACAGAGAGCGGUCAACAAUGAAGCUUUGCGGCUUUAGGUGAACAGUUUUUUGAUGAAAACCAAAGCGAGUGAAUGCUGCUCAAAAUGUUUGUUAUUCCUGUUCAUUAUUCCAUAAGCAGUUAGCGCUGGCCUUUUAUAUUAGAAAAACUAUUAAAAGCUCCCUAAAUAAAUGUUUACAUCAGCAUAGUUCAGUACAGAGAAAAAAUAGUACAGGGAAGAAAAUUUGCAAGAUUUUUCACAUAACAAUGAAAACAGGAGAAAAUCAUUCAGGUUUUUAAGAUGUGACUGUAUUUAAAAAUGGGGCUAACCGAUUAACACUUAUUUUGUUAAUCUUCCUAGAAUUAUGACCACAUUAACAAUUUGCCCUUUAAUUUAAUUUAAUACCUUACACUUCAGCAGUGCUGCUCUGUGUACUACGUUAUAUAUUAAGCAGGCUACACAAUAAUAUGAUGAAGUAACUAUCAAAAAUUAGUAACCGCUGACAUUUGCUAUGAUAUGGUAUUGUGUCUCAUUUGUCAUGUAAACUGUAUUCCUUUUACAGCUGAGGACGUUUAAUGACGCAGACUAGAUUUCAUUAGAGAUAAUUUCAGUUCCUGAGAAUGCUAUCGUAGUUUUUUGUGUUACCCAACCAAAUAUUGAUCUCUUAAAGUAACCUCAACCUAAAGUCUCUGGGUCUGACUAGGCCACCCCAUUGGCAAGGUUCUGCCUAUGCCUCUGCAACUCACUUCCAUAUUUCUUACCAAUUCUGCACAUUUGCCCAUAUAUUGUGUUCUACUUACUACUAUGUACUAUACUAAAUAAUACAAUUUUAUGUGUUAUUUGUUUUGGAGAUAAUCCCAUUUUAUUCAUGAAAGCCAAUUUGUCCCUCAUGAGACCUCACAGACUGGCAGAAUUACACAUUAGACUCAACACACCUUGAGUCAGGAGAUUUAGAUUGGGCAAUAGUGUGGACUCGAAUCCAAAGCUUUGGGAUCCACAGUUAGGUCCCAGAUAGCUAAAAUCAGAGAAUCAACUCUUUUUGAGAUCGACUCCCAGCCCUGCAUUUCCCCAUUUUAAACAGUACUGGCAGUAAUGCAAAGACUGUAACUCCUCACUCCUGUAGCUCCUCCAGUCCAGCACAGUUUGGUGAUUUCCUUGCUCAAACACCUGAUUCGAUUCAUUUCUUAAUUACCAUAUUUAGUAUGCUAAAGUUGCACUCUUGCUGUAACUUUUUUUUUCCUUAAAAAAUGUUAGGUAUAUUUUUAGGCCAACAUCCAUGUAGUGUUGUUCACCAUCUUAUCACAUUUGAGGCAAGAAUGCAAACGCUCAAUUUCCUGCACAGCUCUGUGGAUUCCCCUGCAAAAGAAAGAGUGACCCCUACUGGCCAAACCCUCCAGUUUCCACACUUUUUGACUCUAAAAUCAAGUAUUUGUGGUCCGAAGGAUCAAACCAAAGCAUACAUUGCCUUAAGUAACUGGUCCACUGUGACUUGUGUGUGCACUUAAUUCAUAUUUAUUUUUUUAAAUGACAUACACAGUCUGUUCAGAAUGUAUUAGUAGAUGAUCAUAUUUAUAUAAUCAUUCCUACCAUAUUUAUUAUGGGAAAACAUGAAUGGAUAUAUUUCAAAAUAAAGCAUUUUCAUGUUAAACAGUG